GGCUUAACCACCACAAUGCUCGCCUCCGUCUCCAGAGCAGCAGCAGCUUCAUCGUCUUCCCCUCUGCUUCUCGUCUCUUCCUCUCUCUCUAAACCCUCCGCCCCUCUCUCUCUCCUCAACCCGUUCCUCUCCCUCUCCAAGCUCUCCCUCCGCGAGCCCGCUUCCCCACGCAGCUCGCGGCUCGUGGCGUCGUCCUCGUCCUCGUCCUCGUCCUCGUACAGGCCCCCCAUGAACAUCCUCAACAAGCUCGGGUUCGGGCCCAAGGCCCCCGACCCGUCGGCCAUGGACUCCUCGAUCGCCCAGGGCCCCGACGACGACGUCCCGGCGCCGGGCCAGCAGUUCGCCCAAUUCGGGGCGGGCUGCUUCUGGGGCGUCGAAUUGGCCUUCCAGAGGGUGCCCGGCGUGUCCAAGACCGAGGUGGGUUACACCCAGGGGUUCCUGCAUAACCCGACCUACGAGGACGUGUGCAGCGGGACGUCGAACCACUCGGAGGUCGUGCGGGUCCAGUACGACCCCAAAGAGUGCGGCUUCGAGUCUCUUCUCGACGCCUUCUGGGCUCGCCACGACCCCACCACCCUCAAUCGUCAGGGGAAUGAUGUGGGCACCCAGUACAGGUCAGGAAUCUAUUACUAUACACCAGAACAGGAGAAAGCAGCUAGAGAAUCCUUGGAGCAACAGCAGAAACUCCUCAACAGAAAGAUUGUCACAGAAAUUCUGCCCGCCAAGAAGUUCUACCGUGCAGAAGAAUACCACCAGCAGUAUCUCGCUAAAGGAGGCCGUUUUGGUUUCAAACAAUCUGCUUCUAAAGGUUGCAAUGAUCCUAUUCGUUGCUAUGGCUGAAAGAAAUUGGUCUUAAUGUCAGGCUUGGAGUUGUCACAGUUAUGCGGCUGGGGUGCAGUUUAUGUUAAAUAAGCUUGUAUGCAGCUCACUGCUGAAGAGGGCUGAUGGAUCUAGUUUGUUGUGUGAGGAAUUUAACCCUUGUCUAUAAGUAUAUGGAUACUCUUUUCUACA